AAACAAAAACAAUUUUUUUCUUUUAUCUCUUUCCUUUAAUUAUUUUUCCUUCUUCCUCUUUCAUUCAUUUCCAUUUUGAAACAAAAUUCCUCUUUCACUAAUUUUCUCUCUUCCCUGUCCUACUAUUGGAGCAAAUGGAGGAGGGCGAUUAGCGAUUUUGUGUAAUUGGUUUAUUAUUAUUUUUUUUCUGGAGAUUGGUGGUGGAGGAGACUCUCUAUGAUUCAAGCAAACGGGGUUUAAGAGGAAGAAGGUGGGCUACGUCACGUGGCCCGCCAAUGGUGAUGACGUGGCCAAAACAAAACAAUAAAGAGAGUCGGCAGGUACACAGAAAUUACAAAACAAAAACCGCUGCGAUUUGUUUUAGGUACAUUCCAGAAGCCAACACCAAGAACCGAAAACAUAAACCAAAUCUAAAAUCUCUUCUGGGUUUUGAAGAUUCAAUCACAUGGAUACGGCGAAGAAGAGCGUUGUGCUUGUCUUUACAGACGAUCAAGCUUUUUGUGUGAGUUCGAUUUUUAAUGCAACGAGAGAGCUCAGGGAUGAAGCAGAGGAAUACUGUGAUCCUCACAUUAUCACUGAAGCAUCUUCAAUAAGUCAGUUGCCAAUGGAGUCCAACUCUCUUGACCUUGUUAUAUCUAUUAGUACUUCACUUGAAUUUCCUGAUGAUAGGAUGCUUGGCGAAAGCUCGAGAGUUCUGAAACCCAGUGGAACAAUCUUGCUUUACAAGAAAUUUAAGUCUGAGGAAGGGAAUGCCGUUAAGGCAUUCUCGGCUCUUGAGCGCAAGUUAUUGUUAGCCGGAUUUGUAAAUGCAGUUCAUUUUGACCUAAAAUCAGUUGUAGCAGCUGUAAAUGUUCACUCGUUUGGGCUGAAGGGUAAGAAGCCUUCCUGGGAAGUUGGGUCUUCCUUUGCUCUGAAGAAGGCACCUAAAAGUUUAUUGAAAGUUCAAUUGGAUGAUGACUCUGAUUUGAUCGAUGAAGAUUCUCUCUUAACCGAAGAGGAUUUGAAGAAACCACAGUUACCACCUGUUGGUGACUGUGAAGUUGGAAGCACAAGGAAAGCUUGCAAAAACUGCACUUGCGGAAGGGCUGAGGCUGAGGAGAAAGUAGAGAAGUUAGGUCUGACUAUGGAUCAGCUGGACAAUCCUCAGUCAGCAUGUGGAAGUUGUGGAUUAGGGGAUGCUUUUCGAUGCAGCACUUGCCCUUACAAGGGUCUUCCGCCAUUCAAACUGGGAGAGAAGGUUUCGCUCUCUAGCAACUUUCUCGCUGCAGACUUUUAAAUACAAAUUUGUAGGUGGUUUUUUGCAUCUUGUGCUUGUGGGCUAUGGAUACAUUAACAAUAGGCACUGCCAAUGUAAGUUAAUAAUUUCAAGUUUUCUGAUUGUAGUACGUUCAUUUUGCGUUGUAGCUUUCAACCAUAAGACAACUAAUCGAAGUAGAUGAUAUAUAUUUUUUUUCUGGUACGCAUCUUGUACUUUCGAAAACUAGCCAGUGCAUAUGGCUGAUGAAACUACUUAAUUUCCUGAUUCUUGGUGAAAAUGGAUAAGCAAUUACACACUUGUUGAAA